AUGGUGAAGAUUUGCUGCAUUGGUGCUGGAUAUGUGGGGGGUCCUACAAUGGCAGUCAUUGCACUGAAGUGCCCCUCCAUUGAAGUGGCUGUUGUUGAUAUCUCUAAAUCCCGCAUUGCAGCAUGGAACAGUGACCAGCUUCCUAUCUAUGAGCCUGGCCUUGAUGGUGUGGUGAAGCAAUGUCGUGGCAAGAACCUGUUUUUCAGCACUGAUGUUGAGAAACAUGUCUAUGAGGCUGACAUAGUGUUUGUCUCUGUCAACACCCCAACAAAAACACGUGGUCUUGGAGCCGGCAAGGCUGCAGAUUUGACAUACUGGGAGAGUGCCGCUCGCAUGAUUGCUGAUGUCUCCAAGAGUGACAAAAUUGUGGUAGAGAAAUCCACUGUCCCCGUGAAAACUGCUGAGGCUAUAGAGAAAAUUUUGACUCACAAUGCCAAGGGCAUCAAGUUCCAAAUCCUAUCAAACCCUGAAUUCCUUGCUGAGGGAACUGCAAUCCAAGAUCUUUUCAACCCGGAUAGGGUCCUCAUUGGAGGCAGGGAGACCCCAGAAGGGCAAAAGGCCAUUCAAACAUUGAAAAAUGUUUAUGCUCAUUGGGUUCCUGAGGAAAGAAUCCUAACCACAAACCUGUGGUCUGCUGAACUGUCCAAGCUUGCUGCUAAUGCCUUCUUGGCACAAAGAAUUUCAUCUGUCAAUGCAAUGUCAGCACUUUGUGAGGCCACCGGGGCAAAUGUCACUCAAGUGUCCUAUGCUGUUGGCACUGACACAAGGAUUGGCCCCAAGUUCCUGAAUGCUAGUGUUGGUUUUGGUGGCUCCUGCUUCCAGAAAGAUAUCUUGAACCUUGUCUACAUCUGUGAGUGCAAUGGCCUACCAGAGGUGGCUGAGUACUGGAAACAAGUGAUCAAGAUCAACGACUAUCAGAAGAGCCGAUUCGUGAACCGUGUAGUGUCAUCAAUGUUCAACACAGUUGCAACCAAGAAGAUUGCCAUUCUGGGGUUUGCAUUCAAGAAGGAUACUGGGGACACAAGGGAGACACCAGCAAUUGAUGUGUGCAAGGGGCUACUUGGUGACAAGGCACGCCUAAGCAUAUAUGAUCCACAAGUGACCGAGGACCAAAUUCAGAGGGAUCUGUGGAUGAACAAAUUUGAUUGGGACCACCCCAUUCACUUGCAGCCAACUAGUCCUACAACUGAGAAGAAAGUGAGUGUGGUUUGGGAUGCAUAUGAGGCUACAAAGGAUGCAGAUGGUGUUUGCAUCCUGACUGAGUGGGAUGAGUUCAAGACUCUUGAUUAUCAGAAGGUGUAUGACAACAUGAGAAAACCAGCAUUUGUUUUUGAUGGAAGGAACAUUGUGAAUGUGGAGAAGCUACGUGAGAUUGGUUUCAUUGUGUACUCAAUUGGGAAGCCACUGGAUCCAUGGCUCAAGGACAUGCCUGCUGUUGCAUAA